UACUCUUAUCGUAUCAAAUUCUGUUUUGUCUCACCGGUAAUUCAUCAAAGACACUGGCAGGCUCAUAUCCCGUAUAAUUAUACGGGUUGAUAUGCCAACACAAUUGGGCUUUAGAACUGGGGUUUUUCAGCGAUCGAAUAGCAUCAUGUCUGCUCACGGUAAACAAGGAUGGACAGGUAUCAUGAAGGCUUACCCUUGGACAAUCUGUUUCCUCAUCGUAAACAUAUUAGUUCCUACGACAGCGUCAUAUGACGUACAUGACGUUUGUCCUCAUGUUUCCAUGAUGUCAUGUCCUGUGAUUACUCUGGAGAGCGGCGAGACUGUACAAUUGAUCCCGAAACCCAUGCAACCCGAUCUAGACUGGUUAAUAUCCGACCUCCCAACAGAUGUCCCGAUUCCUGAUGAUGUCCGACGUUACUAUUGCACCGAACCAGCAUGCCGCUCAAACCCUUGUCUUCAUGGAGGCACUUGCGAGGAGACGGAGACAGGAUUUACUUGUCUCUGUUUAGAUCGCUACCGUGGUGAAAGGUGUGAAGAAAAUGUAACCAUCCAUUCGUUAAAGCUUCUCGGUGAAAAGAUAAAUGAAGGAACACUUGCUGUAACGUCCCGCUCCAGUCCAAACACGUACGUGCUGGUACAUCAAGAUCAUUGGAACAUGAACUUAUCCAAAUUGGCAUGUCAGUAUCUAGGGUUUGAAGGAGUAUUUGCGACGCUGAGCGGUCCACUGUACGAGUCCUCGUCCAUCGAUGCUCCUACUGAAGCCGAAUCAGUGAAAUGCCCUGCAAACGCCACAAACAUCACCGACUGCUGGUACAGUGAGACUAAAGUGGGACGGAUAAGCGAGCACGAAAUGAUUUCCAUUGUGUGUUGCCCUGUGAGCCCGUGUAAUGUAUCAGGUCAACCACUCGGCCUUGAAAGUGGUGCUCUCCCCGAUUCAGCUUUCUCCGAAUCAUCCUGCUACUCGCCGGCCUUCUGCAGCCGUUUUGGCCGCCUGAACGCUUACACAUUUUGGAUCGCAAACCCGCCCGACCAAUACCAAUGGAUGCAGGUCCAAUUCGAGUCCAGCUAUAUCGUAACGGCCAUAACGACCCAGGGUAGAAGUAACGCUGAUCAGUGGGUGACGUCAUACACUAUUUCUUCUAGUUUUGACAACAUGGCUUGGACUGAAUAUUUGAACGUUUACUCUGGAUCAGUUGAGAUAUUUCCGGGAAAUUAUGACCGUGAUAGCCAUGUGACUCACACGCUUGCUAGGCCGAUGGUUGGACGCUCUUUCCGGAUCAAUCCAAAGACCAAUCACGGUCACGUUUCUUUGAGGAUGGAGCUAUAUGGAUAUGGACCUCUAACUGACGCCAUAGCGUCGCUGAACCUCGAUGCGAAAAUUGGUUGCACUCCUCCUGUCCUCGGCGAGGCGCUUGGCGUGGAAGAUGGUCGGAUACCAGACUCUAGUCUGACCUCGUCAUCAUUCAGAAGUUCUGGCCGUGAAGCUUACAGAGGAAGGCUGAAUGCCAUUGCAGGGGGAUCCGCCGGUGCAUGGGUCCCCGACCUUGACGACAACAAUAAGUGGGUCAAGGUCGAUCUCGGCGAGGAUACUUUGGUAACUGGUGUUAUCACACAGGGACGGACCGGAACCAACAAAAGGGUUACGUCAUUCCGAAUCUCCUACUCAAGAGACAAUACAAAUUGGACCUUUGCUCUGGAAGAGCAGUGUGGGGUUCGAAAAACAUAUGCAGGACCUUUUGAUUCUGCCACAUAUGUGACCAUACUGUUUCCUGAGCCAGUAACUGCACGUUACGUCAGGUUUCAUCCUGUAACAGCACUAAAUAUUGUAUCUUUGAGAUUCGAAGUACUUGGUAUCAACACUUGAACCAUAACGAGUUAUCAUUAGAUUGAUUAAUUGUUUUAUUUAAUCUUUUUAUUCAAUUAUUUAUUUACUUAUUUAUUUAUUUAUCUUUUUAUCUAUUUAUCUAUUUAUACAUGAAUAGUAUCCACCUGCAAAGCAUGAUGUUUAAUCAAUAUCUUUUAUGGUGUAUAAAGUGAAACAAAUAUUGAAAUCACCCCUGAUAUUCGUUAUCACAAAGUAGGGGUAUAUACCAAUGUCUAAAAAAUUAUACAUGAUUUCAGUAUAGCGCUAUAGUUUUGUUGUCAUACGAUUACAUGAUUACAGGUUUGACUUGUCUUACUAAAAUAACAUUAUGUGUCCAAUUACAAAGCAAAGGACAUUAUCAUUUGUUUUCAAUGUGUCUAAAUGUUUAUGCAACUGCUGAAAGUUAUUGUAUUGAAUUUAUAUCAGCUCAUUGUACUGAAAGCACUGCACUCGACUAAAAAUGAUUUCACUCGAUCUGUUGAAAAUACGGCAGUAGUUGAUGAUUGGGUAUGUUGAAAAUAUAACAGUAGUAGUUUGAUGUAAUUUUCAUUGACGUAUUUAAUAUGGUGUGAAUUCAGCAAUAUUUUACAACUGUUUGCAUUUCAUAAACUUAAUAAGUAGGGCUACAUUUAAUCAUUAGUAUUACUUAUUCUUUGUUUUAAUUUUUAUUUUUUUAUUGAGGAAAGAAUACUCAAUUUAGGUUUUCUGCGAACAACACAAAACCCCAAUCUUUGAUCUAUAUUUGUCUUCAAACACAUUUGUCUUGAAAAUCCUUGCAGAUUUUAGUGUUAAAUGACAUCCUCUUUCAUAUCAUUACACUUUUUCGGCGAAUUUGGGGCUCCCAACAUGCACUUUAGCGGGGGGUUUAAAAAGAAGGUUCAUUGACUUUAAAUUUGACUGAAUUUGGCAUCAUUACAAUCGUUAAUUUACACUGAGUAACAAUAUCACAUUUGUUUGAAUUGUAAAUUCGAG